GGGCAGGCACGUCUACGGCGCCCCUGGUGGCAGCGAUGGCCCUUGCUGGCCCUCGCCGCGUGCGGCGGACCGUCUUCGUGGACGAGCUGCCCAUGCCUCGACGUCCAGACGUCGCCCCCAGCCGCGCCGACAGGGAAGUCUUCAUGCGGCGCCUGCCGGUCGCCGUGAGCUCCGAGGAGACCCUGGACGCGUGGCUGCAGCGGCGUGCCUGGCCCGUGGACCGGAUCGUCUUCUUGCUGAGCCGGGACGCGCAGGGCAGGCCGUGCGGCAGGGCCUACGUGCGCUUCGCCGAGCACGCCACGGCCGCGCGUUGCGUCGCCGAGUCGGGCGGCGCGGCCGUGUGGUCCGAGUCCGAGCGCGCCCUGCAGGGCGCAAGGAGCGUCUACCGCGCAGACCUCCACGCCGCGUUUGGGGGCGCGGACGGCCAGGUCGCCGCUGGGUCGCGGCUGGCCACGCUGCUGUUCGAGCUGGGCAUCCAGGGCUUCCAGGCGCACAGCGAGGCCGUGGAGGCCGCCUCGGCGCCGCCGUGGAGGCCGCCGGGGCCGCCCGCCACGGGCGUGCGCCAGCUGCGCUUCUGCGCGGAGUGCAGCAAGGACGAGCUGCGGGCCCUGCAGGCCGCGCUCAGCGACUGCCUGGCGUCCUUCCACCGGGCCGUGGCGCAGAAGCUGCGCGUCGGCUGCAAGACGGCCGCGGCGGCCCUGGGGCCGUCGGCGCCGCCCGUCUCGCGGCAGGCGCGCGCCCUCGCCCGGCAGAGGGCCAGCGAGUGGCCGAAGGAGGAGGAGGAGGAGGCGGCGGAGGCUGAGGGGCCCGCGGCACGGCCUGCGAGGUCCACGGGCCUGACCUACGACCCCGCCACCGGGGCCUACGUGGAGGAGAGGACCUCCCGGUGGAGGUGA